GUGUGUCAGGCCUCUGGGCCCUCACAGCCUCUGUCCCCACAGGCCCUGAGCAGCAGCGUGUACAAGAGCACCUCGCCCUACGGCUCCCUCAACAACAUCGCCGACGGCCUCAGCUCCCUCACCGAGCACUUCUCCGACCUGACCCUGACCUCUGAGACCCGGAAGCCCAGCAAGAGGCCCCCACCCAACUACCUGUGCCACCUGUGUUUCAACAAAGGACACUACAUCAAGGACUGCCCCCAGGCACGCCCCAAAGGCGAGGGUCUGACCCCAUACCAGGGCAAGAAGCGCUGCUUCGGCGAGUACAAGUGUCCCAAGUGCAAGAGAAAGUGGAUGAGCGGGAACUCCUGGGCCAACAUGGGGCAGGAGUGCAUCAAGUGCCACAUCAACGUGUACCCGCACAAGCAGAGGCCCCUGGAGAAGCCGGAUGGCCUGGACGUGUCCGACCAGAGCAAGGAGCACCCCCAGCACCUGUGCGAGAAGUGCAAGGUGCUGGGCUACUACUGCCGCCGAGUGCAAUGA